CUUGGCUUCCUCCUCCUGGUUAGGUCCAUAUGAUAAUGGAUUCCAAAAUGUCGCUGAUAAACAAGUGAAAUUUAGUGUCUCCAAGACGUGAAAUAUAAAUCAAUCUUUGUUUUUAAUUGUGUCAAAGACACUUUUCGUCAUGGAGUUGAACGAGCUUAAAAAGCUCAACGACUGCUCCGAAACAGAAGCUGUCUCUGUUUUAGAAAAGUUUAUUGCUACCAAUUCUCAGGUGUUUUCAUUCCCAAACCUAGACGUGGAAGUCAAAAAGGAAUGUGUGGAAGCAAUCCUUUUGUGGUUGAAGAAGCCGCAGAUUGCUCCAAAGACUUCUAUUGCUUGCCUUCAAGCUUUUCGCAUACUUAGCCGAGACAAAGCAAAUAUGCAGUCUUUAACAAGUGAGAAGGCCCUGGCUACCCUGAUCACAGUGGCUGGUAUUGAGCACUACGCCACUCAGGAUGUCGAUGCAGCUACUUUAACCAUUUUCGAUGGUGACCAGAGCGUGAUGGUUGAGGCUCAGAAGUGUCUGUGCAAUGUUAUUUUUAACAGCAUUGAAGCUCAGAGGUAUUGCUGUAAAUCCGGAUGUGUUGUUGGAGUGGUACAAAGGCUCAAAACUUAUGGAGACCCAGAUGUUCAGUUUGAUGUAAAGUUCUUUGACAUGCGGAUCUUGUUUCUUUUGACGGCACUGCCUACUUGUAUUGAAACGAGGCCGAAAGUCAGGUAUGAACUGCAUGGGUUCACAUAUCUGAUGGAAGUUUUGGAUCUUACACUGAGAGAUGCAGAAUCUCAGGAGACAGACCUUGCUGAUCAACAAGUGGAGUUGUGUGCAGAAAUCCUGAAGAUUCUCUUUAACCUCACCAUUUCCAUGGAAAAAAAGUCUGUCGAUGAGGAGGAAGAGGCACACUGCAUGCGUCUGGUUAGCAUCCUGCACGACCUUCUGAUGAGCAAAAUCAUGUCAAGUGAUAAAAGAGAUGACUUGCAAAGCCACAUUGUGAACCUGCUCAUCAACAUCCCAGCCGACUUCUACGAGGAGCUGCUGACCCCAAUGGUGGAGGACGACAAGAGCAUGGACUGCAAGGACGUAGAGUAUGAUGGAAAAAACAUGGAGGCCAUCAACGUGAUCCUGGAGUUCCUGGACCACAGGCUGGACUCGUCAUCCAAAAGCCUAAAGGAAAGCCUGGCUCCAAUCCUGCAUUGCCUGUGUGAAGCUUGCCGUCAUAAUCGUGCCAUUAGAAAGUUUUGUCGUCUCAAGGUGCUGCCACCAUUGCGGGGAGAGGUCAAACAGUUGCCGGAGCAGGGUCACAGUCUGAGAAACAAACUUUGUAAACUUCUGACCUCCCCUGUUACUUCUGUGAAGGACCUGGUGGCUCAUUUUAUCUUCAUUCUAUGUAAAGAGAAUGUGAACCGCAUGGUGAAGUACACCGGUUACGGGAACUGUGCGGGUCUCCUGGCUCAGUUUGGGUUGCUCAAGCUUGGAGACAGUGGCCAGAGGAAGGGAGAUUACUCCAGCAAUUCUGAGGAUUCAGAGACUGAAGAGUACGCUGAACUAAAGGACCAAGUGAAUCCAAUCACAGGGCGAUGGGAGCCUAGUAAGUCUGACCCCAUGGCCGGAAUGUCAGAUGAACAAAAAGAAUACGAAGCUGAACAGCUGCUCAACUCUAUCGACAAACUACAGAGGCAAGGCAUUAUCCAGCCAUGUCGUGUUGGGGAAGACGGGAAACCGGAGCCUGUGGAACACGUGCUGGAGUUGCUGGAGGGUCAGGGAGCCGCGGGCGGGGCAGAGGCGCCGGAAUGUGACUGAGGGCGACCGGCUAUUCGUCAGCGGCUGUCUAGUGACAGGACAGCAGUUGACCAGCAGCUCAGCAGCUGAUGACCAACCUGUUCCCAUUUCUCACAUUCUACUACUGUAAAGUCAAAUACUUAUUGAUUGCCGCAACACACAAGCAUGUCUUUUUUGGGGGGGCACUUCUGAGAUAUUUUCUUUUUUUCAACAUAAUAACUGAGUGAAUUACCUUUUUAAUAUGCUCAUGUUGUUAUGACAAAGUUGGAAGCAUCAUAAAACGUAAAGUAUUUCCUUGGGUGGAAAUAGACUAUCUAAAGUUAAAUGCAAAUAUUUAAAUUCUAGAUCUGGGAUGUAGCUUUUUCUGACUGCAAGUUUCUAUGACUUUUGUCUAAAUACUGCAUUAAUAGUAUACAGUUGUGUGCAAAGUAAUGAAAUGAAUAGUGUCAUCUCUCUUUUCAUAAGGCAACAACACUCAGAUGUAAAAUCUCAGCAAAUUUUUUUUAUGUAUGUGCAUGUAUCAAAAAAUGAAGUCUCAUCAUUGAUCGUAUCCUUUGGCGGUAAACUCUUAAAAACUUCUGUCGGUGAGUGCAUUGACAAAUAAACAAUGCCGUCUGUGUUGGUAUUUCAUGUAUAUGAACUGAAAUAUACAAAAGCUCAGCAAAUCAAAUAUGAUUUUUCCCCUACCCUCUCAACCCCUGCAAGAUGUUAUUGUCUUCGUAGCAUACAGCAUAGCACACUACUGUUAAGAUACACAAGUGCUUGCUGUUGACUGUACUUUACUCCCCUUGGCGCUGGGAUUAUCUCUCCCCACCUCCCAAAUCUUUUCUCUUGCCAUUUUGACUUGUUUCUGUUCAGAAUUUAUUUGACUUGGCGCACAUAUUUGAAAGUAUGCAUAGAAAUCCAUGAUUGUUUCUGUGGCAGACAUUAUAAUGUAUGUAUAUGUUUUUACAACUCAAAUGGUGAUGGCUUUCGUUGUUCAUAGUAGCGGGCCAUGUAUCUUCAUUCUUUCUUUCAGUGCAGUUACUUUGUAAUGUGCACUAUGUUUUUAAUUCUCUGCAAAAGGUAUGUAAUAACGCGGGCAGGAUGACAUGUAAUAGGAGUAACAAGUAUUUUCUUUUUUUGCCCUGCUCAGCAGUUGUUCCUGCUCAAAGUAUAUCCUGAUAAAACGUACAAGAUUUUGUCACCUUGAUGGUACCGACAAAGCAGUCAAGAGAUGCUCAACACUUUUGAAAUGUUAACCUUCAAAAGUUUUUAGCAGAAUCAGGUGGUUGAACAGAAUUUUUUCACAAAAAGUUAUGCCAUGAAAUUAUAUUUGAAAAGGGUGUGCUACAAACUGUAAAGCAAAAAACAUUUUUAAUGCUUUGUGUGCCGCAACAUAUCAGAUUGUGUGUUUGUUGGCGAGACAGCGGGAAUGUGAGCCAAAAAAACCAACAUUACUGAUAUAUUUGAAAGUUUUGGAUUAAUAAAAUUGACUGGUUUUGGUUUUUUUAAAGAACUGAACAGUUUUUGGAAGGAGAUGAAUAUUAUUCAUUGCGAGUUGCCCAGCAGAAGUUGAUCAGGGAUGUCUGAUACAGAGACACAAACAAGGGGUGGAUGGUUGAACCCAAGUGUUUUCUUUGUGCUCCAACGAGUGAUUAAAAAGAUGGAAACUGCCAUCAGCAAGUCUGUGAACACAGUGAUGUGAUGACUAUUGUUCCUGGUUGAUCCAAACUACAAUGUAUCUGUUUGGUAGAAGAGCUAAUAUAUUUGGUCCUGUUUGAAGCAUGACGUCAAAGCUUCUCUACAACUUACUCUGUGGCAAAGAGAUUUGACCUUCUGUUCACUGUCUGGUUUGCGCAGGUGCUGUGUGUUUUGUUUCUUUGCUCAAUAGCUCAAUGACUCAUUCUGACUGAGCAGUUCUAUACCAUUGACUUGAAAUUUAGAAAAAUGCUUAUAAAAUGAAUUGAAUUAUACCUUCUUAAUUCUUCCAUCAUUUUGGAAAGAAGCGUUGAAGACAGAGAGAAGAUUUUUGUUGUUGACUUGAUUAAUUGUUUGGGGGGGUUUUUCCUAUGUAUCCUCAACUGUGUUUAAAGCUAAUUUUAAAUGCUCUGUUUAUUUUUCUGGAUUUUUGAGUUGUUUUUACAGACCUGAGGGCGUCACCUCUAAUUGGCUCAAGUGACAUCUGUCAAUAUGGACACAAGAAUGGUGAUCACUCAGUGUUACUUUAAAGGAGAAUAUGGAGUGUGAAUUUCAAUAGAAUGGUAUCAGGUGUUGUGAAAUAUGUUUCAGGUAAUGAUUAUCACAGGGAUGAGCUGGGUCUACUUUCGUCAAAAUAAGUAUAAUGAUGCUCUCGCCACUGGGUUCACUAAAAUUUGCUUUAGAUGUCACUGAGCAAGUCCUGCCACUGAGGCUUUUAUGUAUUGUGUGAUAUCAAGUUUUGUAAAUAAAUUACAAUUUAUAUGAAGUUGUACAAUAUUCUGUAUACUAUCUAAAUGAAAUUCAGUUGUAUUUUAAAGACACCUCCAUUACUUCUUGUAUGGGUUUCUUCCCGAGACAGGUACAAAUAUUAAAUUCAGAAGGGAAAAAAAAA